AUGGCAUCGCAUUCGGCCCAUGUUGCAAUCCUUGGCUGUGGUGUAAUCGGGCUCUCGACGGCGCUGGCGAUUCUGGAGGGCCAAUCGGACAACGUUCGAGGUUCGAAGAGGUUGGUUACUAUCGUAUCCAAGGAGGUUCCGGAUCUUGACUAUGGUGUGCAGAAUACAGGCAUAGGUUCUGCCAAAAAACAUUCCGCAGAGUACGCCAGUGUAUGGGCGGGAGCGCACCACGUGAGCGACGCCAAGUCAGAGCGCGAGCUGCGCCACGACAAGAUUACUUUCGAUCGGAUGAGUAGGCUCGCUCGAGAACGGCCGUGGUUCAGUCAGGUGGCAUCGUCAACAGCCAUGGGCGCAUCUACAAUCGUACCAUCGGCUUCCGUACAACCGAGUAUCAAUCCGCAAGCAUCUGCAGAGCCACUGGUUUGGGUGCAUCAGACUGAGCUCUUCGAAACCGCAGGCGCUUCUCAGUCUACAACCAGGCCGCCAUACGAAGGUGUCCUUGACUGGUAUCCGGACUUUAAGGUGAUUCCGUCUUCAAGUCUAGCGCAUGGACACGAGUGGGGUUGCACAUUUUCUACGAUCGAUAUCAACGUACCCUUGUACCACAAGUGGCUGCUGCGUCGAUUUCUUGACCUUGGUGGGCGACUCGUCGUAGCUGAUGCAAAGUCGCUCCAACAUGCGAUCCAACUCAGUUGCUCUCCGUCAUCCGCCUCGACAAUCUGCAAGAAUGCUUCCAUCUGGACGUCAGCUGGAAAAGCGGACGUGCUCGUGGCAUGCCCCGGACUGGGUGCGCGAUUUAUUCACGGAAUCAACGAUCCCGCCGUCCACCCACAAAGAGGUCAGGUGGUGGUGGUCCAUGCGCCUUGGCUAUCCACGAACGACAUGCUUGCCAAUUGGGCGCCAAAGCCUCGAUACACGCUUCCCGGGUACUCUGUUGUACGACCACAAGGCGGGAGGGAGGUGUAUGUGAUUCCGAGGGGAGACGGUACGGUAGUUUGCGGAGGAACACGCAUUGUCGAUGAUUGGGACGACAAGCCGCGACCAGAAAGUACGAAAAACAUCCUGCAAAGAUGUCUCGACUUGGUUCCACUGCUGGUGGAUCCGAAGAGGAGGACUGGCUUGGAAAAAGUGCGAGUCGAAGACGUCCAGGUCGUCGAAGUCAAUGUUGGGUUGAGACCGGCAAGAAGGCGUGGAGUGCGGCUCGAAAGGGCGAAGCACGACGUGGACGGUGUCAAGAUCGUGUUCAGCUACGGAUACGGCGGUGCUGGAUACCAGGCGUCGUGGGGCGCUGCACUUGACGCCAAGCAGCUCGUUGAACAAGCGCUGGAAGAGCGCACAUCGUCCUUACCGCCGCUUAAGUUAUAG